AUGAGUCCGUCGACCAAGCAUGGGCCUUGUUGGAACCUAGGCAGCCCCAUCGAGGCCGAAAGACGACGCCGCUGUUGGGCUGGUCUCUUGACGUUACAUACAUAUCAGGGCAUGAUCUUCCGGGACGUUGAUAUGUCAUAUCUCCUGAGUAUCAAGUCCACCGAACCAGCGGAUGUCAAUGACUCCGAUAUUACGGAUAAAGCUAUUUCACAGCCAUCUAGCCGCGGCGAGAUUACACAGAUGUCAGUCAUGAUGGCCAAGCUUCGCCUGUUCCGACUUUCCAUCCAAAUCUGUCGUCAUAUAUCGGGUCCAUCCCGGUUAGAUCAGCAUCUACUACAUGAAUUCGACGCAGCGAUAGCCGAGGAACAAAAGCAAUGGGACACGACCUACCUAAUUGAUGGGUCUCCCAAUAUCUUGGAUGCUAAUAGCUACGCGUAUUGGUGCGUCUUACAGACACAGCUUUACGAAGCUCCGUUGCUUCGAAAUUAUUUCUGGCUCCUCAGCGGCGUCACCAGUCUGAAAGCUUUACAUGCAGCCGUGGCCCUCAAUUCAUGUCUCCAAGACAUUUCAUCGGCAGUGGAUCCGGGAUAUGACUUGAACUCUUUUCGGCAGGAAAUUGAGACCCUGAUUGUUCAUAUGAAAGAUCUCUCCGGGAGAAGUCAUAUCUGUCUCAGGGCGUAUCGGAUACUUCAUCAUUUACAGGUCCAAGCUAGCACGGAAAGUCUCCUAACAGAAGGCCCCGAGACGGAAUUUGAAAAUCUAUUCGAGAACUUGAUUGAUAUACGGGAGUGGAUGGAUCCAGAUCUGAUAAAUUCGAACCUGGACGGUGCUUUCAACAUCUUUGCGCCUUGA